CUGCGGGGUGGGGGUGGCGCUGCGCGGGGCCCCGCGGCUUCCCUUCGGCCUGGCCGAGGCCGCCCGGCGGCAUCCGCGCUCUGCCACCAUGUUCAGGCGGAUUCUGCAGCGGACUCCAGGCAGAGGUGGGUCUCAGAGCUCAGAUUCGGAUUCAUCUGCCACACCUGGAAAUGCUGUGGAUGUGAACAAUGAAGGCUCCUCUGAGGGCUUCAUCUGUCCACUAUGUAUGAAAGUGUGUGUAACUCCCACUGAUCUGUCUGAACAUUACAAGAGUGAGCACACUGGGACAGAAGGAAGACAGGAGCUUCGUGACCUCCCAGAUAUUAGUGGCUUUAUUUGUCCUCUUUGUAUGAAGUCUCAUGGAUCAGCUGAGGAGCUGUUCAAACACUAUGAAGCAGUUCAUAAUUCUGGCAUUGAUUCAACUCAUGGAGGGGAAAGUCAUCUGUCACCGGAAAGAGAUGAAGUAUCACUGCUCCGACAAGAAGUCCAAGACUUGCAAGCUUCGCUGAAGGAGGAGAGGUGGUAUUCAGAAGAGCUGAAGAAAGAACUAGAGAAAUUGCAGGGGCAGCAGCAGCAAGAUUCUAAGUCUGAUGGAUUGACAACAGCUACAUCUACAGAAUCAUUAGAACGGCAACUAGAAGAGAUCCAAGUAGAAAAUUUUAACAUUAAGCAAAUGAAAGACUUAUUUGAGCAAAAAGCGGCACAACUGGCCACUGAAAUUGUGGAUCUUAAAUCAAAGUAUGAUGAAGAAAUCAGCCUUCGGGAAGGUGCAGAACAGAAAGUGACAAACCUGAGACAAGAACUGCAGAAAGAGAAAAGUACAGUGGAAGACUUAAAGACAGAGCUGCUACAAAGGCCUGGUGUGGAAGAUGUGGCUGUUCUGAAAAAGGAGCUGGUACAAGUUCAGACGCUGAUGGAUAGAAUGACUCUGGAACGUGAAAGAGAAUCUGAAAAACUGAAAGAUGAGUGCAAGCACUUGCAGGCAGAGCAGGCUAACUCUGAGGCUACCAUUAACCAGUUAAGAGCUGAACUUGCCAAAGGACCUCAAGAGGUGGCCGUGUAUGUUCAGGAGCUGCAAAAACUUCAAAGUUCAGUCAAAGAGCUAGAACAGAAAAACCAGAGUCUGACUGAGAAGCUGCUGAAGAAAGAACAGGACUACACCCAGCUAGAAGAAAAACACAAUGAAGUAUCUGUGAGUAAGAAGAACGUGCAGGCAAGUUUUCACCAGAAGGACCUUGACUGCCAACAGCUUCAGGCAAAGCUGUCUGCAUCUGAAGCCUCGGUACAGAGAUUACAGGCAGAGCUAGGUGAGAAGGGGGAAGCAAGCCAAAAACUUAAAGAAGAGUUGUCCGAAGUAGAGACAAAGUACCAGCAUCUCAAGGCAGAAUGUAAACAGCUCCAGCAGCAGAGGGAGGAAAAAGAGCAGCAUGGCCUGCAACUCCAAAGUGAGCUCAGUCAGUUGCACAGUAAACUUCUGGAAACAGAACGCCAGUUAGGGGAAGCGCAUGGGCGGCUCAAGGAGCAGAGGCAGCUGUCCAGUGAGAAACUGAUGGACAAAGAGCAGCAGGUGGCUGAUCUACAAUUAAAACUUUCUCGUGCUGAAGAGCAGCUAAAGGAAAAAGCAGCAAAUUCCACAGAAUUGCAACAUCAAUUAGAUAAGGCAAAACAACAGCACCAGGAACAGCAGACACUUCAGCAAAAUACAACAGCAAAACUACGAGAAGCCCAGAAUGAUCUGGAGCAAGUACUACGACAAAUUGGAGAUAAGGACCAAAAAAUUCAAAAUCUUGAGGCUUUGCUUCAAAAAAGCAAGGAAAACAUCUCUCUGCUAGAAAAGGAAAGAGAGGACUUAUAUGCAAAAAUUCAAGCUGGUGAAGGAGAAACUGCAGUUCUUAACCAGCUACAAGAGAAAAACCAUGCGUUGCAAAUACAGGUAACUCAGCUGACAGAGAAGCUGAAGAAUCAAUCGGAAAGUCAUAAACAAGCCCAAGAGAAUUUGCAUGAACAAGUGCAGGAACAAAAGGCACACCUAAGAGCUGCUCAAGAUCGUGUGCUUUCUCUGGAAACAAACAUCAGUGAACUAACCAGUCAGCUAAAUGAGAGUAGAGAGAAAGUGUCACAACUUGAUGUGCAGGUAAAAGCAAAGACCGAAUUGCUACUUUCAGCAGAAGCAUCAAAAGCUGCUCAAAGAGCGGAUCUCCAGAACCAUCUGGACACAGCUCAGCAUGCACUGCAAGAUAAGCAACAGGAGUUAAAUAAGGUCAGCGUUCAGUUGGAUCAGGUUACAGCUAAGCUGAAUGACAAGCAGGAAUACUGUACUCAGCUGGAAGCCAGUCUUAAAGAGUACAAAGAAAAAUGCCUUUAUUUAGAACAGAAAACUGAAGAGCUAGAGGGACAGCUUAAGAAACUUGAAGCUGACAUACUUGAUGCUAAAGCAAGUAAAGAACAAGCUCUUCAGGAGUUACAGCAACAGCGACAGCAAUCUACAGAAUUAGACCUCCGAACAGCAGAACUGAGUAAACAACUUGAAUCAGCAAGAGAAGCGAUGUCUAAUGCUAAAUUGGAUUUGCAGAAGCAAUCUGAGGCCCUUGACCAAGCAAACCAGCAAAUUUCAAAGCAGGAGGAAGAGAAGGCCAAUCUGAAACAAAACCUUGAGAAAUCAAAUCAAGAUACAAGUAAACAGCUUAAGGAGUUAGACUGUAAACUGCAAGCGGCUACAUCAGAGCUGCAACAAGUGAAAUUAGAGAAGGAUACUCUGUUAAAGGAUCUUACAGAUACCAAAGAUAAGCUCUCCAAAAGUUCUGAAUCCUUCAAAAAAAGAAAGGAGGAUUUAGAAAAAGAAAUUAAAAAAGGAAAAGUAGCUAUGGCAGAAAUGGAAAAAUCUUGCCAAGAAUUAAAACACCAGCUCCAGAUACAAACAGAGUCUGUAGCUAAAGAGAGGAAUGAAUUGAAAAACUCACUGGAAAAAAAGGAGGGGAUUUCUAAGCAGUUGUCAAUAGACCUUGAUUCAGCACGAGCACAACUACUGGAAAUCCAAGGUCUUCUGAAGGACAAAGAAAAAAGUGAGCAACAUCUCCAGGGAAAACUGAGAGAGUUAAAGGAAUCUUUUGAGCAGAAGAAAAAACAUAGUGAGACACUGCAAGCUGAAUUAAAAACUGCCCUUUUAGAAAAGGCAGAACUGGAGAAUAAACUACAACAGCAGUCUAUUUUGUCAGCACAGGAACUUAAAGCAGAGAAAGGCAAGCUAGCAGACUUACAGAAGGCCCACGAUAAACAUAAAGAAAACAUGGAGAAGCUGCAGCUGGAUCUUUAUGGGAAAGAGUCUGAGCUGCUGGCUACCAGGCAAGACCUUAAGUCCACAGAAGAAAAACUUGCUCUCGCUCAAGAAGAAUUAGUUUCCAGCAGAAAUCGAAUUGCUAGCAAUAAUCAGCAGAUUCAGGAACUGAAGAAAGCAAAGUCUACGCUAGAGCAGGAUGCAUCAAAGAAGGAGCAGCAGCUGGGUGAGAAGACCAAAAUGUUACAGGAUCUUCAGAAUGACAGGACUUUGAAAGAAAAAGAUUUGGCUAAUGAAAAAUGUAAAACAACAGAGCUCCAGGAAAUAAGGAGUAGACUUGAAAAAGAAAUUGCCAAGCUGGGUGAAGAGCUUAGAGCCUGCAAGCAAGAAUUUCAGAAGGAGGUGACAAAUCUCAAGGAUGCAAACCAGCUAUUGAUUCAACAGAAAUUAGAACUGCAGGGCAAAAUAGAUAGUAUGAAUUCAAGUCUGGAACAGGAGAGAAAAACCCAACAAGCUGUCAAAGAUGAGCUGAAAAAGAGAGAAGAGGAACUGAAGAAAGAAUGUGCUGAAAUUGAAGCCAAACUGCACACAGAGAAAAAAGAAAAAGAAGCAGAAAAACGGAAACAUGAGGAAAAGGAGACCAAGCUCACCAUGCAGGUCACAGCCCUGAAUGAAAACCUGGCUACUAUGAAGAAAGAGUGGCAAAGCAGUCAGAGGCGAGUGAGCGAGCUGGAGAAACAGACAGAUGAUUUACGUGGGGACAUUGCUGUCUUGGAAGCAACAGUGCAGAAUAAUCAGGAUGAGAGAAGAGCAUUGCUGGAGAGGUGUAUAAAAAGUGAGGGAGAAAUUGAAAAGCUUCAAGCCAAACUCGUAGAAAUGAAGAAAAAGCUGGACAACACAACUGCUGCAAUGCAGGAACUUGGCCGAGAAAACCAGUCAUUACAGAUCAAACACACCCAAGCUCUCAACAGAAAGUGGGCAGAAGACAAUGAGGUACAGAAUUGUAUGGCCUGUGGAAAAGGCUUUUCGGUGACAGUGAGAAGGCAUCACUGUAGACAGUGUGGAAAUAUCUUUUGUGCCGAGUGCUCAGCAAAGAAUGCCUUAACUCCUUCUUCUAAGAAGCCUGUCCGAGUGUGUGAUACUUGCUUUAAUGACUUGCAAGGCUAACUGGCGAUUGUGAGUGACAAAGAAAUGUUACACUAAAAUUUACUAUUUCUGUUGAUGCACUUCGUUCAGCACUCAGACUACUAUUCAGUUUGGACAACGAUUGUAACACUUGGCAAGAUUUAGCAUAUUUUAAAAUGUUUAUUGAUACCAAGCAAAACUAUUGUAUUUUUUGUGAGAUAUGGGCUCAGAUCAUCCAUAGCUUAUUGCCAUUUAUCAUGGAAAGAGCUUUUAUGUCUAGAUUAGAAAUACCCAGUUAUUUGUAAAUAAAGUUUAAACAGAGGAGUAACAAUGUAUUUUUUUAUCUUUUAUUUUUUUGUUCAAGAGAAACAACGUUUAUUGCGAUAUUGAAGUUUAUUCUUGUUUCUUCAAAGAAAAAGGAAGAUGCAAAAACUUGUGAGGAUUUUAUGUAUCAGAUGUUGCUGUAAAAGCAUAACUAAUUGUUGCAUUUGAUUGCAUAUCUGAUGUUCUUUAUAACCUCUUGUGAUUUUGUUUUCUUUCUAUCUCUCUGAUUCUUGCAUUUUUCUCUCUAAAGUUUGAACUCCAGAGUGAGCAUAAUGGCUGGAUUCAACUUCAGCUCAGUUUUAUUUGCCCACUUGUAGUAUCAGCACCCAAGUGCUCAUCCAAAUACUACACUUGUGUACUGGAACAUCUUUACAUAUGCUGUAUUAUGUAGUUGGUGUGUGAGUGUGUCUGUCUUGCUGAGAGAGAGUAUGUGUGAACAAAUGAUGAGGCAAAGUUUAUCUGGCAUUGUAGCAAUAUUACAUGGUACAUUACAAUAUUUCAUCCCAUUGAUUGAUUUCACUUUUACCUAUUUGGUUGACGAAUUUUGAUAUUCCAGAAACCACAGUUUUAAAAAGCAAACAAACAAUACUGGUAGUAGCCUGUAGCACACCUCUGCUCCUGCCCAUACCCUGAAAGCACUGAGAGAUCCCUGCAGUUCUAAGGGACACCCAGACCUUCCAAGCCAGGUAUCCCACUAAGAAAAAGUCUUUUUUGAGACUGCUACAGGUCACCUGACCUUUUAUUCUGUCCCUUCCCUCAGCUUUUGGUGGAAGAAGCUGAACUCCUGCUACACUUAACAAAUGUUACUAUUCCAUUACUCCAUCUGACCCCCAUUACUGGGGCUCUGAAGUGUGAUGUUAGUUAUGUGAUUUAGUCUGCUUGGAAUGGUGGUAUGAAUCUCCUGCUACUGGCUUCAUUAUAAGCCAAACAGCUCUAACUAAGAGGCCAAUAUACAUGUCUUUUGAUACUUAUUCGUAUUUUCUGCACUUGCAACAGAGGUUUCUUGUACAGUUCAUGUAGGCUCCAAACUUCUGUUUUGUUGUGAUUUUGUUUGCACCUCUUUGUUUUUGCCUGCCUGUUUCUAACUUUUCUUCCCUUUGUAUUUGGUAUUUCAAAAUCCUUAAGGUUAUUUCUUCCGAGCAGGGACUAUGCCUUCCAGUAUUUAGGGACUCUUUGUCUUAAAUACCCUAAUACCAAAUUUUGCCAGCUGUUCAGAGAAAAGGGUUGUGUUCUGAAUUCCUCUACUUCUUGCCCGAGGUAGAGAAUGAAAUUCUGUCACACUGAUGGAAGCUUAGCCAUCAUCAGGAAGAUUUGUUUGCUUUUAUCUAUUGACAGCUCUAUAUGUGAAUGAAGAAGAGUCUCCUUUAUGAAAAAUAUCUUGUCCUGAUUAACUCAAGUGAAGAAACUUCUUAAUCCCUCUACUCCAGAAGUAGUGGUCUAUAUGUUUCAUAUCCCUUCUUAACUGUCUAGUUCUACAUUUGCAGCUUCAAGGAGUUUUCUUAAAAUUAAAUCCUUAUUUCCCAAAAGCCAACUGAAUGAUAUAACUGGUUUUCCUCACUGUAAAAGGGUUUGGGAUACAACUGUGCAUUAUGCGAAAUACUUACAUGCUUUUUUGGUUUGCACUUGAGAAUUGCUUGCUCAAAAAAAAAAUAAUGCUGCAACAGUUCCAUAUGAACAGAGCCUCUGGACUCCCUGUUUCUCCUCAUCAGUGUAACUGUUUGGCAUAAGAAUUUUUUGAAUAGAAAAUAUAAACAGAAUCUCUGCCUCUGGGAAA